GACGGAGGUCCUCCAGUAGCCCGGAGCGUCAGGUUUCUUCCACCGGAAGAAACUGUUAGAACGUGUACACGUCAUUUCCAGGGGCUUCUUAUUGAGGAGCCGCGGCACAUGUGAGGCAGACGCCGGCUGACAGUGCUCGCAGCCGUGUGCUUGUCUCGCCAGCGGCUUCAGGAGCGAGCCGGCGAGGACUGCCGUGCCGUGAGUUGGUUGUUCUGACGAGUCGCGUCCCUCAGCGGGGCAGCGAGACCUCGAGUCCUUCGCGCCCCUCAGCCGGGCAGCGAGCGAGUCCUUUGCUCCCUCACUCCCUCGGCCGGGCAGCGAGGCCUUGACUCCUUCGCGCCCCUCAGCCGGGCAGCGAGCGAGGCCUCGAGUCCUUCGCGCCCCUCAGCCGGGCAGCGAGCGAGGCCUUAGUCCUUAACUCCCCUUGGCGUGGCAGCGAGGCCUACGGCCAAAGGCCCGCUCCCAGGGAAGGGCGUCCCCUCACCUUUGUGCCCUCGGGUGCGUGGUAUAGGCUAGGCCUUCCCCUUGGGGUUCCCGUGCCUUGCGCUUCUCGGCAGGGCAGCGAGGGCCUCUCAGUUUCUGAGGACCUUUGUGCUUUAAGAUGGCCGCCCCUACAGGGCCUCCCAGCCCUAUGCAGUCCCUUCGGGAAGAAGCAGUGUGCGCCAUCUGCCUGGAUUUUUUUAAGGACCCCGUGUCCAUCGGCUGUGGGCACAACUUCUGCCGGGGGUGCGUGACCCAGCUGUGGGGCUCGGAAGAUGAGCAGGCCCCCGAGCAGCCCGCCGCCGCCGCCGCCGCCUCCUCCGCCGCCGCUGCCGCCGCCGCCGCCGCCGCCUCCAGGGAGCAAGUCAUUAGAGAGGUUUUGUUCCGCAGGUUGGCAGAGCAGGAGCUGCUGGAGCGCCGAGCGCGGGCCCUGCAGGCCAUGGAGGCCGUGCAGGCCGUGCGGGCCGGCCGCUGGCUUGCGCACAACCACAGGAGGCUUGCGGCCAGAGCGGCCAGUGCGGCCAGUGCGGCCAAUGCGGCCAGAGUGGCCAGUGCGACCACUGCGGCCAGUGCGGCCAGAGCGGCCUCUCCUUCUCCCUCUCCCUCUCCCUCUCCCUCUGCCUCUGCCUCUGCAUCUCCCUCUCCCUCUUCCUCUUCCUCUCGGUGGGGCGAGGAGGAAGACAACUGGAACGGCAUGCAAGGGCUGGUGCGGGACCUGAGGAUCCGGGUUUUUCGGGACGAAGAGAGAGACGAACACCCCCAUGACGGCCACCAGUACCAUCACUAUGGCCGCCUCCGGCGCCGGCCAAUCUUCCGCCGGGGCCCCCCUCACCCACCAGUGCGGCGGCAGCUCUACCCAGAGGUCCGCGUCAGCUCCCCUCCUCAGCCCACUCCGCAGGUCUUCAGCUGCCCGCAGUGCCGGAGGACUUUCCCAACUCGCAGUUUUCGACCCAACUUGCAGCUGGCCAACAUGGUCCAUAUAAUUCGCCAGAUUGGCCCUACUUCGUGAAAUUGGCAAAGCCCGUGUUCUGAGGAUGAGGAAACCCCGGAGCUCGUCAGUGAGGUAGAAAAAAAGGCCGUCUGUACGGAUGGCCCUCUGCCUGGCAUCGAGUGCUGGGUUUGUAGCUCAGUAGCAGAACGACUGUUUGCCUAGCUUGUCCCCUCCGCUUUACAGUUGAUUUUGAAUGAAUGACUAUCGAGCUUCAGCUUUAGGAAAUAUUAGUCCUUUGUUGCUGUUAGCAGAGAAUUUACUUGAGGAAAACUGCUUUGCUUAGCUUCAUAAUCUGGCUUUCAGAACUCAAUGUGUUCAUGAACCCGUUAUUUGACUACUUAGAAUAUUUUUGAGGUUGUUAUUAGCUGAUUUGGGAACAUACUUUAUAGGAAUCUGUCAAUAAUUUUAUAGUAAUGACAUACUUAAGAUUUUUAGCAAAAGUUGAAAAGUUGUCAAGAUACACUGUGCUAUCUAUGUCUGUGGAUUGCUUUGAAAAUCUUCAGGUUGUCAUAAGCUAAGGAAGAAUAUGCUUAGUUCAAGUUUGCUUUGGAAGAUGUGGGGGUCUUUCAGUGUUCUUGUUAGAUGUAAAGUUCCUUGGUCAUUAAAGAGAACUUCAUUCAGCAUUUGAUCAACAAUUCCAACAUUAGAGAACCAAUGAAAAAUUGAAACUGGAAAUAUGAAACUUUGAAAAAUUAAAACUUUCAGCCAAAUUUUAAAAUGCACUGGCCCUUUAAUGGCAAUAGGCAAAUACUAACAUUUUUGUUGUGAAGUAUUUAAAGCAAAACUUGCCAAAAGCAGCAUAUAUAGGUAUAUAUUAGCAGAUUCUUAUAAAAAGUGCCUAAUUUUGUUGAUGAAGAACCAGAUUUAUAAAUAGUCUAUCUUUAAAUUUAAGUUAAUAUACAAAAUAAUGGACUUCAUUAUGAGGGUUUCAUAAUUGUGUAUCAUUGUACUUUGCUCAUAUUUGCUCCUCUGUUGCACUUUUCUCCCAACUGGUCUCUAUUCAUAUCCCUUGAGAUAAAAAACUUACUAAGCCUAAAUUCUAAAGGAGAAAUAUGUUUUUCACUGUUGCCUUUUCUUGCAACCCCAUCCUCCUUCCCUUUAGAGCCUCCUUUUCCUAUGUAGUCCCCCUUCAUCAAUGCUAUUUCAAGAAAAAAGACUAGAAUAUUCAGAAAUACUUAGUUGGUAUGUUUGUAACAAGUUAAAAAUCUAUAUGUGGUAGCUUUGAGAGGAUAAAUGUGUUUCACCUUGUCCAGUUUUUACUGAAUAGGUUCAAAAAGACUUUGUGGAAUUUAGAUAAGUCUGAUUGUUUUGACUAGAAACUUAAAGAGAAACGUGUGUGUAAACUAAAUGCAGAUAUGCAUUGCAUUUAUUUUUUCAGUUUUCUUACAUUUUUUUGUUUCUGUUCUUAUUUUUCCCUUGUUUUGUUUAACUGGAAGGAAACUGUUAAUGCCUUGUUAAAAGUGACUUAAAUUUUAUUGUAUUUUAUGCAGUAUCCAAUAAAGACAUUUUAAGUUUAACAGUGA